AGUAAGUAGUCGUUGAGAAAACAGUGAAAACAUAGAUUAACGUUCUUGAGAAAUACCUAAUAAAGUUUUUGCAAAAUAAAUGUUUGAUACUCUUUUCUUUUAAUCAAGUUUAAUACUCAAAUAUAUAACCACACGAUAUCAGAGUGAACUCUCUUCAUAUUAUUUCUCCUUCUCAACCAACUCCGUAACUAGAGAAGAUGAACAUCAUUGAAGCAGCUUUCUUCCUCUGCUUCAUUUCAUCUUCUAAUGUGCAUUUCGCCGGAGCUACUAAACAAACCGCCGGCAACAUCACGCCGUCAGAGAACCCAUUCACACCCAAAGCCUCACUGAUACGUUACUGGAACAAACGCAUCAACGGCGGCUCACCACCACCUUCUUUUUUCCUCUCUAAGGCGUCCCCAUUAACGACCGUAGACUCCACGCGCUUCGCCACACUCGCAUCACGCCACGCGCUCGACACUCGCCUCUAUGAUUUCUGCACCGCCGCGAAGCUCUUCUGUUUCCCUGAGCUCGCCGCUCACUCCGUAACCGAGAAGCACGGCGAUGACGUCGGGUUCUCCGUUUACAGCGACAAAAACUUCACCAACUACGGCUCCGACCGUCUCGCCGGAGCCGACACGUUUAAAAAUUACUCCGGCGGGGACAAUAUCGGCGUCGACUCUUUCCGUCGUUAUAGCCGAGAUUCCGCCGGACACGACGAUGGGUUUUCGAAUUACGCCGGAGAAGUCAACGUCGCUGAUCAGAGCUUCACCACUUACGCCACCGGAUCCACCGGCGGCGCCGGCGACUUCACGAACUACCACACGAACGCAAACCAACCCAACGGGAGAUUCACUUCCUACUCCGACGAAGCAAACGGCCGGUCACAAUCCUUCACGACGUACUCCGAGAACGCAAACUCCGGCGCUCAGACGUUCACCAGCUACAGCAAAAACGGCAACGGAGCUCCGAACGGGUUCUCGGGUUACGGAUCCGGGUCAAACGUGGUAAAAUCUGGUUUCUCCGGGUACGGGGAGACCGCAAACGGAGCUAACGACACGUUCACAAGCUACGGCGGCGACGGGAAUCUCCCGGUGAACGAUUUUAAAAAGUACGGCGAAAGAGGAAACGGCGCCGUUUACGGGUUUAAGAGCUACAGAGACCAGUCCAACAUCGGAGCUGACUCUUUCUCUUCCUACGCCAAAGAUUCGCACAACGAGAAGGUCAAUUUCGUAAAUUACGGAAAAUCAUUCAACUUGGGCUCCGAUGACUUCACAGGCUACGGCCAAGGCAACGACGGAGGUAACGUCAGCUUCAAAACCUACGGUCAAGGUCCGAGUUUCAAAGCGUACACAAAAGACGGCGUCGUUUUCGCGAGGUACUUUAAUAACGCGAGCUCCAGUGGCAAAAAGGUAAAUAAAUGGACAGAGCCGGGUAAAUUCUUCAGGGAGUCUAUGUUAAGAGAAGGGACUUUGAUGCAAAUGCCAGAUAUUAAGGAUAAAAUGCCUAAAAGGACGUUUUUACCCCGAACCAUAGUUUCAAAAUUAUCGUUUUCAUCUUCUAAGACCGGCGAGGUAUGGAGAAUCUUCGGCGCCGGCGAGAACUCGUCGAUGGCGGGGAUAAUCUCGUCGGCGAUUUCCGAAUGCGAGAGACCGCCAAGCUACGGCGAGACGAAGCGGUGCGUGGGAUCAGCGGAGGACAUGAUCGAUUUCGCCACGUCAGUGCUUGGACACGGCGUUGUGGUGAGGACGACGGAGAAUGUGGUCGGGUCGAAGAAAAAAAUCGUGAUCGGGAAAGUCAAAGGAAUCAACGGUGGAGAUUUAACUAGAGCGGUUUCAUGUCAUCAGAGUUUGUACCCGUAUCUACUGUAUUAUUGUCAUUCGGUACCUAAGGUGCGGGUCUAUGAAGCGGAUCUUCUUGACCCGGAGAGUUCAGAGAAGAUUAACCAUGGUAUUGCCAUUUGUCAUAUUGACACGUCAGCGUGGAGUGCAAGUCAUGUAGCGUUUUUGGCUCUAGGGUCUGGUCCGGGUAGGAUUGAAGUUUGUCAUUGGAUCUUUGAGAAUGAUAUGACGUGGACUACUGUUGAUUAAGGCUUUGGACAGCUUUUGUCGUUCGGAUACCUAAUAUUUACUACUGAGUUUUGCUUCAUCGUUUUUUUCUCUUUUUGCAGAUUUUCUCCCCUUUUUUUUUCUUAAAGCUUCCAUUCUCAUUUUAUAGUAUAUUCGUAAAAUUAAGAUUGAAGUUGAGGGAUACAUGAUUAUUUGGUUUUAACAGGAAAAGAGUUUUUGUCACGUGAUCUGCAAGAUUCGGCUUAUGUUCAAAACCAAAGUCAGUUUCUUGCAAGCCAAGCAAUUAUCAUAUCUAUCAUAUCCGCCUGCAACACAAUCGUUUGCCAGCUUGUAAAGUAACCGUGUUCAGACAACGCUACUCCAAGAUCUCUUACACGGUGUAAUCCACUUACUCAAAGAAAUAUAGCUUUGUUGCUCGAUAUUCAGCAGUUUUCUCAAAGUAGUUUUCUGAAAAGUAGGAGAAAGGGAAUCGACCCUAUAACUCAGACCUCUCCAACUCAUGUGAAAACACCAAUAUGAUGCCACAUUAUCUGUACUAAUGUAGCGACAGUGUUACUUCCAUGACGUAAUUGUUUCACAAAAUCAAUCAUUAUGAUGGCAGAACACAGUGCAUCGGCUACAGCAUCUACUUCAAGGAUUUUUAACCUUAAUAGCCCUAGAUCCAGAAGACGAGUAACCAAAGGAAGUCAGGAGAGAAGAAUCAUCAUCAUCACUUACUACCAGAAUUUUUAUGAAUGUUAGGAGUUCCCUGCAAUUGCAUAACAUAAAUACUUUCAUAAUCUUGGCAAGAGCAAGAUCCAUCUGCGAACGAAACAAGUCCUAACACAAUAACAUUAUAAUCGAGUGACAUUUUUAAUCUACUGUGUUUGACCAAACUAUAGAAUCAGUUAAGUUAGCUAAAAAAUGUUAUCUCUGGCUUUUUCAAGUGGACUAGCAUCAGGUCGGAUAGAUUCAGAGAGAUGGCUUUGAGUUAACUAUAACGAUGACGUAUGUGGCAUUAGUGCGUUGAGCUUAGAAACGGCAAUGUAUAGAGUAUGUGAGGUUUUGUUUAUUUCGUCCCACAUCGUCAAAUAACAGGGAACUUUUACGGUUUAUAUAUCAGAGAGAUGGAAGUGAAGGUCACGACCUUACUUGAACAGGAUCUGUUCUAUAGGCUCGUACCUCUGUAUCCUUGAUUUAUAAGGAGACAGGCCCCUAAACCUGGUUGAUGAAUCAUGGCCGUGCGACUUGAGUGUGAUUAACGGUUGUGAUUCUCCUCGGAGGCUCCGCACUGUAGAGGAUCGCUAUCCGGUUAGAUCUUGAUCUCUCCGGAUUGGUAGCACGGUUGUCUGACAGGCUUUACUUUUUUCAGUUGAAACAUAUUAUAAUGUCACAUGCUCAAAACGAUCCCACAAUUGUUGCUUUUUCAUAUAUAUGUAAUUCUGCCCUGGAGCCAUGUUUAUUAGAAUGUUGUAGUAGAUAUAUGGCAUUUGAGCUCUGUGUCUUCUGAAGCUCAAACUCAUUAAGACAAGAAUCUAGAUAGUUACUUUCUGCCUGCCGUUUUGAUUCUCAACUUAUAAUUUUCUUUCUUAGUAGAAUUACGAGCAGAAGAAAAUAUGUGAACUCUGGGAUGUUAUGAUUCAAAACUAAUUGAUAUUAUACAACAAAUACUCAGUUUUUUACCCUAGAUUGUAAAAUGAACUGUUUGGGUGGAACCUUGAAAAAGGCAUAUCAAAAACUCACGAGCAGCCGUGAAGUGGACACAGGAUCAAACUGAACCAAACUUUUACAAAUUAAACCAAAAUUAACCAAAAAUUACAAAUAACCAAAAUUUAACACGUUUGUUUUCUCAAGAGUUAAGACUGAACCGAACGGAAUAACUAAUCAGUUCAAUUCGGUGGCAGUACCCGAAAGCUGACAAGACAAGUUAAGGAAAGCGUGAGAAUACCAAAUCGACAACAGUAAUAUCAGCCUAGAUAGAUAGGCAUCAAGCAAUAGCUUUCUUGGGUCUUUUAGCUCUUAAUAACUCAAAAUUUCCUGUCUACAAAAGUUUAUUGUUUUGAGGUUGUGUACAGAUUAACACCACACCUCCUUGAUCUCCAAGAGAACUCUAUCACUUUUAAAAUUUCCAAGUUCACUUUUUGGGUCAGCAAUUCAUUCCACCAAAAUGAGCAUUUUCCAUGCCAUCAAUAACCACUACUAGAUUAUGUGUGCUAUUAUCAGCAUCCUGGAGGCAAGGUCGAGAACAAGUUUUAUACAAAUAAUGACCCAUAAUACACCCUUUCCAUAAAAUAUCCUGAGAGAAAUAUAAAAGACCAGACAAUAAGGAUUAACCAUAGAGAAGACUUAUGCAAGUAAGCAGCGAAACAGAGCAUAACUACAAAACUUUGCUAGAGGAUUGCAUUAGAUUCUAUAGGCGGAUAAAACAUAGAAAAUAAACUGUAGAGACUGAAGCAGAUUCUUGUAAACAAUAAUCUGGCUAUAUUCCAUUUUUUUUUUGGUUAUUCUGAUAUAGCCAUAACUCCCAAGACUGAAGCAGCCAGACAUUAUAUGGUAAGGAUGUUUGGUAAUUGGUACUGACAUCCAGGGAACACAACGGAUCACAAGUGUUUGGGUGCAAAGUACUUGACGUGAAUGUUCAAGAGAAAGAUAUGUUAUCUCAUAGACUAUGAGUCAUAGUUGUGUCUGUCAUGUUAGCUUGGCAAUGACGAUACAAAUCUGUGACCACCUCUGUUAACAACAACCAGUUAAUCCACCAAAAACGGUUUCUAGAUUGUCCAGUAGUAUCUUUGGCUUGACAAGAACCAAAGUCUUGGGUCUGCUUCUUGAGAAAUUAUCCAACAGCCCAAGUGCUUUCCGCAUAAUUACGCAGAAGUGGAAUCAAUCGAUUGAGAGCGAACGAGACUACGAACUUCUGGGGCAAGAGCUUCGCCGCUGUGGAGACAGAGCAUGAAAUUCCGUCACAAACUUAUCUACCGGAAACUUAUCAUGAAACGCAAUCACGGACUCAGAAGAGAUUAUUCAAAGAAACAUCUGUUUCAGUCUCUUUCAUCUGCUUACUGUAUUUGGUAUUAGUUUUUUUCUGAGGGGAGAAACGACCGCGCAUUGGAAAUAGGUCAUUGUGGGGAGAAACACGACGACGUAUUUAGCGUGCCAUGUUGUUUAUUACAUCCCACAUCGUUAACAAACAGAGAAGUCAAGCCGUUUAUAAAGAGCAGAGUCGAAGGUAGAGGUCACGACCUUACUUGAACAGGAUCUGUUCUAUAGGCUCGUACUUCUGUAUCCUUGAUUUCUAAGGAGACAGGCCCCUAAACCUGGUUGAUGAAUUAUGGCCGUGCGAUCUGAGUGUGAUUAACGGCUACGAUUCUCCUAGGAGUCUCUGCGCUGUAGAGGAUCGCUAUCCGGUUAGGUCUUGACCUCUCUGGGGUGGUCGCACGGUUCUAUGACAGGCUUUCCUUUU